CUAAAAACUCGUCAUUGACAGAUAAUCAUUAUGCAAACUGCAAUCGAAAGAUAGAACUAUGUAUAGCUUGCGAGAAAAAUAGUAUUCUAAACCCAGUCACGUGUUAUUGUGGAGCGAGAUUGAAAUCCGUGAUAGGCAGUAAAUGGGGAGCUUUACUUGUUGCUGGUGAUGAUGAAAAUCCAGAGAAAGCAGCAGCCAUGAAAAGAGAAAUACUAGAGUUAGAGAGAGUAGUUACCUCAAAGGCACCACGUAUUAUUGGUAUAAGUAAAUGUAACGUGAAGACAGUUGUACCGGACGAUACAAAGACAGCAAACAAAACGGAAGAAACGCCAACAUGGACGAAAAUCACGGAGCAUAUUGCACACUUCGCUAAAGAUGUAAAUAUCGAUACAUUAUUGAUGUACUUCUCGUGCCAUGGAGCCGACGAGGAAGUUGAAAAUCUGGAAAAAAGUGAUCCCUCCGAAGCAUUUAAAAGCUCUGUCCAAGAAAACAUGUUUCAGCUUGGGAAAUCAUCAGAGUUGAUAUCAUUGAAGGACUUUCAAAAAGAGAUAGAGUCGUUGAAAAAUGUUAAUAAACUGAUUCUCUUUCUUGACCGAUGUUUUCCUCCAAUGAUCGAUUUUAAAGAUAGCCAGAGAGAAUUCAUUCAGAUAAACGCAUGCAGCGAGGGUGAGAAGGCAAUUCUAAAUGACGAGGGAAGUUUAUUUACAAAGUAUGUUAUUCAAGGAUUAAAAGCUAGAUCCGAGAAAAGAGAAUGCUCAAAGGAUUGUCAUCAUUGUUCCUCCUAUUGGGAGAGGAGAACAGAAUACAUCUCCAUUGAUAACUUAUUUGAUUACGUUAACAAACACUUAAAACAAAAGGCACCUACUCCUAAAAGGCAUCUGAAAAGUACUUUGAAUGACAUUGCCUUUUUUACGGAAGAUGUGGUACAUAUAGAAUUUACUUCAAAAGGUAGUCAAACACCUGUUCGUCUUCCGCUUGAAUAUCUGAAAAACAUUGAUGAGGUCAAGCUUAUGCUUCUAAAGGAGUUCAAAGUUGACACAGAAACGCACGAGGUCAAAAUAGAAAAAGACAUAUUUAGGAAUGACCAAGAAGCCGAUGAUGAAUGCAAAACAUUGGAACAUGUUAUGGAAGCCUGGAUAAAUAGGUUUCCCCUUGAUGUGUCCUUUUUGAAGAAAAAAAAGACAUGAAUACGCAACUACAAAGGUGUUUCAAAUGGAAGAACUCUUCAUAACUGUAUUGUGGUUAUAUCUGUUUGAUUCUAAUGUAACCAAACGUUUGUUGAAACAUAUAUAUAUAUACAAU